AUGGAUUCGACUCGCCCCCCCCUUUCUCCUGGCACUCGGUUAAUCCAUCGACUCGCCAGAUAUAUCCUACGUCUCCUCCGUGAACAACUCUUCCCAGGUCACCCGCCCACGCCUUGGCCUAAAGACAUCCCCAUCCGCCUCCAGGUCGAGUGUCACCAGAUCGUUGCCGUUGUCGUCAAAGCAUUCCUGAAUGCAGAGCAUUUGGCGUGGGCGCUCCAUGAUUACAAGGUACAGAAAGGAAAACUCACAGCCGCGGAAUUACUGGCUCGCUUUCCACCUGCAUCGCGACAAAAGGGCGACGGAACUCCCUAUAUCAAGGACGAACCUUUCAUUGUGGUCGAUUCAGUCGGUCGCAUUCUUUUAUGGUACCUCCCCAACAUCGUUUCAAGCGCACGACAGGCCGUCAUCUUAGAAGCGAUAUCUUGGCUGUCAUUCGACGCGCCCGAAACCCCCCUUCUGACGAAACCUUGCGAAUUCCGAAGACAUGAAGGGACCUUCACACCUUCCGGCCCUCUUGUAAGAAGCGGGGUGGCAACAUUUGCUUCCUGUUGGCCUGUGCCGAUGAAAUCUAGAGACCAGAAAGAUCCCUCGUCGUCUCUGAGGCCCUCCACCACCUUCAGCGAUCCUCGUAACGGUGGCCUAGAGUUCCUCGAAAAGGUUUCCGAAAGCAUGGCCAUCCUGGGUGCUAUCUUGGCCGCCGUUCACCCCGCCCAGUUCGAAGCUGGGCUUGACGUUCUUGCGCAUCUGAAUGCAGGGAGCAUCGUAACCCAGGAGCCUGCCUUGCUUCGACAGGUUCUUGAACUUUGGUCAACUCCAUUCACGGCCUUUUCGGUUGUCAACAACCGUGAUACAUGGCUUCAUCUCGACCCCAAAUCACCACCCCGGGCGUACGACUUGCUUUACACAGGAGGACGUUACAGCGACGCUAGGUUCGAGGUACCAUCCCUGGGCCUGAGAUGUCGGUACAACCCUGGAACGGUCGUCGCCUUACUCGCCGCUCUGUUCGAACACGGCAUAUCCCCGGUUGUAGGGGACCGCGUAGGCAUUUCCCAGUUCUUUCGUCAGGUCAUGAUAGAGCAGGUUCCCUGCUCCCGCCUACCCACCACCAUGUACUUCGCGGAUUUUCUCAACCUUUUCAGUAGUGAUUAUUACUUCAAGGACUAA